AUGGGCACUGAAGAGGCAGAACCAGAAACUAUAGCUCAUCCAACAAUGAAAGAACCAAUGGACAAAGACUUUGAAUCUUCCCUGGAUUCACCUCAAACACCAGACCCCGCAGACACAGAUAAGUGGAACGCAGGGUCCAAAGGAGGGUCUGAGGAGGCCAAGGAAGCAGCUGCAGGGCCCUCUCCAUCUUCUACAAUGGAUAAACUUCACAAAGCAUCCACCAACAAAUGGAAAACUGUUCAGAAUUGGCGCAAAGCAUUUAGUGAAGACUCGGGAGAGAUACUGACAAAAGUAAAAGGUGCAGAAGGAUCAAAAGGUGCAGAAGGAUCAAAAGAUGCAUCCAAAUCUCAUGGUGGAGGGAGGAAAAACCCGUUCAGAAGAGCCUUGUCUGAGCCUCCAGGAGUUCUCUUCAACACCGUGGUUCAGUCCAGCAGUUCCACUCCGCACUCCUCCUCCUCUGCUGCUGAUUUGGAGGCCUUAGGGGCAUCUCCUACCACUGACCCGGGGCAGAAGGGGGCCGGUGGAGGGGCACUGUUCAAGAAAUACCUGCGCACAGUGUCCCAGAAACUCAAAAGGCCCAGACUGAAGAGCCAGAGCAGCAACCCAGCCCUCCUCAAUGAUGUGGUGGAGCUGGAGCCGGCCGGGGUCUCGGAUCUGUCGUGGACUCCGCUUCAGGAGGUUCCUCUGUGGGACAUCAGCAACUGUGUCCUGGAGCAGGGACAGAUCCUCAUCGCACAAGAGGAGGAGCCGACAAUGUGGACCCGCAACCGUGGCAACAGCUUCCUGUCCAACCUCAGUAUGCAGAACCUCGUAACUGAUAUUGAAAAAGAAUGCAGUCCUAACAACGUGGGUCUUUCCGGACCACGGACCAAGAACCAGGAGGGCGGUGUUCGGGGGCUGAUUAAGAGACGUCUGGAGAAUAAAGCAAAAAGGAGCAGUGCCACACAAUCUCUGGGGCUGCUGAAAGGAAACAGGCUGUAUGGCUCCAGUAACUCCAUCUCCAUCCCGGUCCUGCCCAGUCUGGACCUAAACACGGACACCACUACAGUGAUCCGGCCGGUCCACAGCUCUAUUCUGGGGGAGAAGUACUGCUUUGAGGUGAUCAACUCUGAGAAUACCCACUGUUUUGGCUGCACGUCACUAUCUGAACGCGACCGCUGGAUUGAAGAGUUGAGAAGAGCCGCGCAGCCGAAUAAGGACAACAUUGAGCGCACAGAGAACUCGCUCAGUCUGUGGGUGAACGAAGCCAAGGACCUGCUGCCGAAGAAGCGCUACUACUGCGAGCUGCACCUGGAUGGGACCCUGUUUGCACGCACCAGCAGCCGCGCCGUGGGCAAGUCCUCCAACCGGUCCAGUCUGGCAGGAGAGACCGCUAUGGGCUCGGCCAGCGUCCCCAACUCAAGCGGGGGCUGUCAGCUUUUCUGGGGCGAGUUUUUUGAGCUCGACAACCUCCCUUCCAUCUCCCAAAUCACCCUGCAUCUGUUCCGCGACGAGGACCCCAAGAAGAAGCGCCUAUCUCGGGAUGAGUCCAUUUUAUACCCCUUGGGCAGCGUCAGUAUAGCUCUGGCUGAGAUCCGAGGCAGGACGUAUUUAGAAAAGUGGUAUCCGAUUGUGCCGUUCAAAGCGCCAGGAGUGGCUGGAGCAAAGGAAAUGCUGGGAGCGCAGGCGUCGCUGAGAAUCAAAGCACGUUUCCAGAAUCUGAAGGUGUUGCCGAUGGAGAAGUAUAAAGAGUUUGCAGAGUAUGUGACCCUGGACUAUGUGAAGAUGUGCACCAAGCUGGAGCCACUGCUGAACGUCAAGGAGAAGGAGGAGCUGGCGGGAGCCCUGGUCCAUGUGCUGCAGAGUAUUGGGAAAGCAAAGGAGUUCCUAAUCGACCUGGGCAGUGCUGAGGUGGAGCGGCUCGGAGAGAAUGACGCACUGAUCUUCAGAGAAAACACAUUGGCCACUAAAGCUAUUGACGAAUACAUGAAGCUGGUGGGACAAAGGUAUCUCAUCGACACAUUAGGGGACUUCAUCACACGUCUCUACAGCUCUGUGGAGAGCUGGGAAGUCGACUCCAAGAAAUGUCCUGCCUCUGAUCUGGCAAACAACCAGCAACAGCUGAAGGACACGUGUGAGGAGGUGGUGCAGAAGAUCGUUGGGAUUCAGGGGCCAUUUCCUGAAGAGUUGAACAAGAUCUUCUCGAGUUGGAAGGAGUCGUGUGAAGUCCAGGGCAAACCGGAGAUCGGGCAAAGGCUGAUCUCCGCCUCUCUGUUCCUGCGGUUCUUGUGUCCCGCCGUCCUCAGCCCGUCCCUGUUCAACCUGGCCCAGCCCUACCCAGAACCAGCCACCGCACGGACCCUCACACUCACGGCCAAAGUCAUUCAGAACCUCGCCAACUUCACACUAUUCGGGGAGAAGGAGGAGUACAUGCUGUUUAUGAAUGACUUCCUGGAGCAGCACUGGGACGACAUGAGAGGCUUUCUGCAGACGGUGUCCAACGCAGACACAGAGAUCCCCAUGACCUCCUUCGACGGAUACGUGGACCUGCCCCUGCGUCUGGCUGUGCUGCACGGGCUGCUGGUCGACAUCAUCUACCAGAAGAACCCGGAAACAAUAGACAAACUGUGUCCACUGCCCUCAAUUCUGAACCAGAUUUCAGACUCUUUGGGACCUGAAGCCCAUCACAUCAUAGUCAGCAGCCAAACAGGUCAAACGAAGCCUACUUAUGUGCCACCUAAGGAUCUGUCUAAAUACAGCCCGCUUCAGUCAUCAAUGCAGCAGCUUCCCCUUGAAACCAAAGGUGACCUUAGGGUCAAGAGGAGUUUUAAAGAACGCAAACCAGUCCAUCGUACCCAGAGUGCACCACACCGAUCUGCGGGGCACAAAAAGUUUGCCAUGAAGAGACAGACCAGUUCUGAGAACCUGCCCACUGUCGAUGACCAGCAGGGGGCAGUGGAGUCCAACCAGCCACACAUCACCUUACCACAAACUAAUGAAAGCAUCAAGCGGACGCCUGCGCCUGUUCCGUGGAUCAAAGUCAAUCAAAGCAGAGAUUCGAGCGAGAUCAAGACGGAAAUUGAAGAAUUCAAUGUUCUGGACCAGCACACCCAAGAGUUGUCAGAGCUGCGUCUGGGCAUCGAACAAGUGACGGAGAGGGAGCUGGACAUGGCCAAACGCUUAGAGGACUUCAUCAAUCAGAACCAGGACCAAAAUGCACUGCUGCAGGAGCAAAACGCCGCUCUCCACGUGGAAGUCAGCGAGCUGCGCAGUCUCCUGGCAACGGCAGAGGAGCAGCUCGCCAGCGCCGCUUUCAGGUUGGGUGUGAUUGAAGAGGAGCGGGAGGAGGACGAGAAGCGGUUAAGUGUGGCUAUAGCUGCGGCUCAACGAGUGAAUGUGUUGGAGGAGCAGGUUGCGGGGCUCCAGAAGCAUCUAAAUGAAGCUUACAGCGGACAGAACAAUAUCCAGAGAACACAUCGAUUAGCCAGAAGUAUGGCCACUAUGGAGGACGUGCCGUUCUCGCUUCUCAGCCUGGAGGAUGAGUUGAGCUGCAGCAUCUGUCUCAGCCCCUUUGACUGCCCGGUGACCAUCCCCUGCGGGCAUAACUUCUGCCAGGGCUGCCUCCUCGCCACCUGGGGGGACUUGGCGCCCUUCAGCUGCCCUCAAUGCCGCAUGCAGUUCGCCACUAAACCUGAGCUCAAGAAGAACACGGUGCUCAAUAACGUGGUGGCUACUUUCAAAGUGAGAGCCAGCAACCCUGAGGCAGAGACUCAACCGGAGACCAAAGAGGAGACUCAGGAGACUGAGGUCAUUAUGCAGUCGUCAGUCAAAUGUGACACGUGUAUGGAGGUGCAGGCUUCCAAAACGUGCCUGACCUGCAUGGCUUCGUACUGCGAUGAGCAUCUGCGACCGCACAAGGAGAACCCAGUGUUUCGGCAGCACCAGCUGACGGAGCCGGUGGGAGACCUCACGGAGCGCAUCUGUGCCGAGCAUCACAAACUCAUGGAGCUGUUCUGUCGCGACCACUGCCAGCCCAUCUGCAGCUUCUGUCUGCAGCAAGCGCACAAGGGCUGCACACUUGUGAGCCCCGAGGAGCAGAGGAGUCUCAAAGAGGCUGAUCUCCGUAGUAAGCUGUCAGUUUUGGACGAAAGGAUAAUGAAAAAUUCCACUUGCCUUUCUCAAAUGAAGAAUCAGCAAUUUACUCUCAAGGAAUCUGCAGUCAACAGGAAGAAAGUGGUGUCGAUGGAGUUUCAGCAGAUGCGUGAGAUGUUGUCGCAGGCAGAGAGCGAGGCCCUGACUGUGGUGGACCGCGAGCUGGAGACUGGACAGGGCAAACUGGAGGGACUCAUGAAGAAGUUCAAUGAGAAUGUGGACAACAUGAGCAAAGCCAAAGAGAAGAUCUACACACUGCUGGGGCAGACGCAGACUCAAGCCUUCCUCCAGUGCAAAAUUAAUCUUCCCCAUGCUGUUAAUUUUGACCCUUAUACCCCUCGCAUCAAUCUGGACUCAAAAAGGGUCCUGGCCUCUCAAGAUUUUGGCACGACUCUGAAGAAUUAUCUGAUGGAGGUUUUCAAACAGCCGGUUGAAUCCAGGAUUUCAAUGAUUAGACAAGGUCUUUUAGGUGAUAGGCCGCCCCCAGGAUCCUAUCUUGUGCCACUAGGUCCUGCGCCUCUAUUUGAACAAGGAUUUAAGAGGAAUCCAAGGUCUCACAGCCCUGGACCAGGUCAUAAAAAAAAAACAACACAAAAGAAGAAGCCACCGAAGAAUAACAUACUUACAGAAUAUUUUGCGGAGGAAAUAAGUUCCAUGGAUAAUUUUGAAACGUUUGGAAAAGAUAAACCCAGAGGCCGACCUGCCGCUGAAGCCAGGGAGCAGCCCACAAGACCACCGCCGGCAGAGCACCAUGGAAGCUCCGAGAAAACUGAGAUUCCCCUGAGCAUGACAACAGCUGAAAAAAGGAGUGAACUUCUGAAAUAUGGCGUUUCUCUGACUCUGGACCCGAGGACGGCCCACAAGCGAAUCCUCCUGACCGACAACUUCACCCGAGCAAUGGUGUCGGAUGAGCACAUGAACUACCCCGACCGCCCCGAACGCUUCGCCGUCUGCUCCCAGGUCCUCAGCUCUAAAGGUUUCUCCUCGGGGCGCCACUACUGGGAGGUGAAAAUGAGCAGCAACAACUUCAUUGGCAUCGGUUUGGCCUACGACUCCAUCGAUCGCAAGGGACCGAACAGCCGCUUGGGCCGAAACAAGCUGUCGUGGUGCGUGGAGUGGUUCAACGUGAAGCUCUCCGCGUGGCACAACAGCAGUGAGUCCGUCUUGGCCAAUCCGAAUCCCAAGCGUGUGGGCGUGCUGUUGGAUUACGAGGGGGGCACGGCCACGUUUUACAAUGUGCCAGACCGCGCCUAUCCCUUCCACACGUUCGUCUUUUCCUUCGCUAGAGCGGUGUACCCGGCGUUCUGGAUCUUCUCCAGUGGCUCGUCUAUAAAUCUGUGCAAGAUGACGCCAUAG